AGAAGACGACGAAGAAGAACGGUUACCAAAAAGCAGAGAGAUUAUGAAUUAACGUAAAUCAAGUAUUUCUGCCUUCUUUGCGCUCAGGUAGCAAUGGACCGCAACAGGCCCCACAAUCCCAACUUCAGCUGCCGCAAACGGCAGUCAUCAGAAAGUGAAGGCAGUGGAAGAAAUCAGUGUGAGAAGAAACCCUUCAGACCAGACCUCAGCCACCACCACCAGCAUGAGUCUGGGUCAGCUCCAGGACAAAGCUCACUCCCCUCUCGGGGUCUGAGCACCAGAAAGGAGCUUUAUGAGAGAGAAUUUCCUUUGUACAAACAGCCUGUCGAAAUAGGGUGUUUUUCCCUUGACUCUGAGCGUAGAUUCUUCAAUGACAGCAGACAGUUGAGAUACUACGUGGAACCUGACAAAAACCCUACUUUUGACUUGAGAGAUGGAUACAAGGACCGCUAUAUAAAGAGAGAUGAAAACUUGAUGGAGAAGCUGGACCACAUCCUACGGUGGAUCAUGGCCAAUAGAUCGAAGCUUAACUUGAGGGCCUCAUCACGUGCAUUAGAUGUGGACUUUGUGACAUGGCGGGGUCAUCUGACCAAGCUGCUGACCACACCCUAUGAGACACGGGAAGGCUGGUUGCUGGCGGUGACCAGGUUUAAAGGCACAUUUUACAUCAGUGAAGUGGAAACAGAGGCCAAUCAUAUGGAACGUGAGAACCGUACUGAGAGGCAUAAAGAGAUGAUGUACUGGGGAUACAAGUUUGAGCAAUACACAUGUACAGAUAACAUCCACAGUUUACCUGACCCAGGCGGAGUGGUUAACACUAAUGAGGCCUUCUGCACUGUGGUGCAGACUUGGCUUGCAGAUCACAGACUUCUCUUCUCCGGUGAGGUGGACUGUCGCGAUAAAGACCCCAGUGCUCCAGCUCCUCCUGCCUGCUAUGUUGAGCUGAAGACUUCUGCAGAGAUCUACACACCCAAACAGCGCAGCAGCUUCCACAGGUUCAAACUGCUGAAGUGGUGGGCCCAGUCUUUUCUCCCUGGCGUCCCUCGUGUUGUAGCAGGUUUUCGAGAUCAUGAAGGAGUGGUCGUUUCUGUGGAGACGUUUCACGUCUCUAAGAUUUCACAGCUCAUCAAGAGUGAAUACAACUGCUGGAAGCCAACAGUCUGUAUGAACUUUUGCUCCGAUUUCCUGUCUUUUGUGAAGCAUGUGGCAACCGAGGACAGCCCUAGUGUGGUGUACCUUUUCUCCUGGCAGCCCCACAGAGAUGUGACCUACUCCAUUCACAGGGACUCCAAGUAUUCAUUCCUGCCUCACUGGUAUGUCAAAGAGAUGACCAGCAAUCAAGACUCACACCACAGGUCCUGAUUCAAAGCUAAGGCCAUCGACCCCCAAUCUAGGGUUUAUUUCCAAAAUACUUUGGCACCCGAUGUUUGAUAAACUUUAUCUAUACAAGUUGCAUGGUGUCACUGAUCACUAACCCAUGAUCCCCUGCUGCGGUUUUUAUUGUUUGCUCAUCAUUUGAAACUGAAUCUUGAUUUUCAUGUGGCAUUUUAAAUAAAACAAUUCCAUAAUGAUUAUCAAACUUUAUUAUUCCCUGGUAGGACAAUAAACAUGAAUUCCAAAACCAGUAAUAUAUUAAUUUAUACAAAAUUAGAAAAUAAAAGGUUUAAAAAUCUUGAUGUAAAUAAAUUCAAGUAAGCAUUGUAUCAACACUUACCAAACAUGUUCAUGUAAACUGUUCAUUUGAGACUGAAAACAAGCAGUCGUUAGUCGUAAGUAGCAGUUACAAAGACGACAGUAAUUUUAGUUAGUCAUGUCUAGAAACAGCUGUUCAGAUGCGUUGCUGGCUUUGCUUUUUCUUUUUUUAAUAACACCGACACAUUCACCAGGUUCAGGCUGGUUCUUAACUAUUAAACAAAGUUCAUUUGGUCUUCCUCACCCAGCUGAAUGAUCUUUUUUCAGUUUUCUACUUUUUCACUCAUGUACUAUUCUCAGAUUUAGAGAAUUUAAAGUCCACCUCUGGUGCGAGAAGCUAGAUUUGGGGACAGUUCUUACAACAUUAAACUGAUGGAAGUAGAAAACUAGAUUUUAUUUCCCAAACUUGAAAUACACAUUUAUUUGAUAUUAUGAAUUCAUUUCGUAGCAGGUAUACAGGCCACUGAUAUGCACAUACAGUAUAGUGUAUGGUGUACCUGAGGCCAGCAGGUGAAUGAGUUAGCAGAAGGUCCCAGCUCAGCUAACAUAAUGAAAAGGAGCUCGAAUCUGGUAAAUGUGUCAUUUGGUUUUGGUACCACUCACACCAAUUAAUACCACAAAGAGUGAAAAGGCUGUGAGUUUUAACUGGGAUCAUGCAAAACUGUGUAGAGGGCAAUACCUCUUGUAAUGAUUAAAACCUGCACGUUAAAUGCUCAAACAGCCAGUUCAACUGCAACAUAAAGAGUGAAUCAACUGCAAGUAAGUGAACGGCUGCAGAUAAACGAAUGUAAUAAAAAAAUACUGUAACUUAUUGCAAACCCUGACUGCCUUACACUGCUAACAAAACAGUGAAAUAAACAAUGGAAGUCACCUGUGUGACAAUGUCCAUACUGACCAACGGUCAUGUAGACUAGUAAUUAAGUGCAUCAUAUCUUUAUGUAACUCAACAGUCAUUAUAGCACGUGUAUCAGUUCAUAGUACAGAUUUUUGCGAUAUAAUUAGGAGGCACUUAGCACCUACUGCAGUAUUUGCACACAUGUAACUUUUACUCUUAAUUGGUUCAAGGUUAAGUAGUCAUUCCCAUUAGUAUUAAAUUCAUGGCAACUUAAGAAGAGAAUUAUUAACACCAAAACAUUCAAACAUUCAGUGCAUAUUUUACGCACAAAUCUAUAAAUAUGAAUGGCAGCUCUGCCCUGUUUUCCAUUUCACCGUUUUUGUUAUUAUUGAUAAUUUGUGUGUAACAGUAACAUAUAUAUUAUAUCAGCCUAAUAAAAAUGAUCUUGUAGGAAUUUCCAUCUUGCAGAACAUCAAACAUACAUUAAUUUCUCCGUUAAAAUAUUAAACAAAGUAUGAAGAAUGGUCCAGUGGUGUAAGUCAAAGCAACACCUAAGUACUGUAAGUACCGUAUUGGUCUCAUCACCUGCACCAAACCCCUAAUGCUGCAGAAAUAGUUUUGACAUUUUGGGAAAUACACUUAUUCACCAAGAUUUCGCUAUUAAGUACCAGCUUCUAAAAUGUGAAUAUUUGCUAGUUAUAUAUUAGCAAACAACUUUUUUAGUAUUUUUGACUCUAAAACGAUCUGUUUGAAUAUGCUCACUUGAGCUUCAAGGAAUACUGUCCUGCCUUUUUUCCACCAUGUUGACUUUUUAAUACACUGAGCAACCAAUCAAUUAUUAAAUAGAUGUCAGAUGUAUUGAUAAUAAAAAUAAUGGUUGGUUGCAACCUUAGAGUUCUCCUGUGAUGAAUUAAUACUACCUUUCCCAAGGUUUUAUAUGUGGUAAUUCCUUUAAAAAAUUUGAAGCAUUUUGAUAAAACAUUACAACAAACUACAAGUAGAAUACUGAAGGUUUUAAAACCUUUAGCACAAGGUCUCUCUCUUCAAGACCAGGCGACAAGGUGGAGGACGAAGGACCCAUCAGAAUUGAUACUGUGCUGUAGUAAUGCAAUAAAAAAAAAAAAAA